CAGACAUUGGAUCGUCUGGCUCGACAGCGGGCAUCGGGUCACCAGGCAUCAGCAGGCACCGGGUCAUCUGGCGCUGGAUCGUCUGGCUCGACAGCGGGCAUCGGGUCACCAGGCAUGACAGCGGGCACUGGGUCAUCAGGCAUUGGAUCGUCUGGCUCGACAGCGGGCAUCGGGUCACCAGGCAUGACAGCGGGCACUGGGUCAUCAGGCAUUGGAUUGUCUGGCUCGACAGCGGGCAUCGGGUCACCAGGCAUGACAGCGGGCACCGGGUCAUCAGGUACCGGAUCGUCUGGAUCGACAGCGGGCACCGGGUCAUCUGGCGGAUUGUCUGGUCGACAGCGGGAUCGGGUCACCAGGCAUGACAGCAGGCACUGG